AUGGGUCUCGCUCUCGCUGCCUUUAUGCUCCCCAUUCGGGCUAUUCAGGGACUCUUCGCGAUGAUCGUUCUGGGUGUCCUUGCAUAUGCUGCCAAUAACUGGGCUUGGUGGUGGUCACCUUCCCAGAUCAACUUUCUAAUCUUUACCGCGGUCUGGACGCUCCUCGCACUCAUAUACCUGAUCAUCGCGCCUGCAAGAUACCCGACCGCUGCGCACAAGUUCGGAAUUCUGGUGGCUGAGGUCCUCACCAUGCUGUUUUGGUUUGCCGGUUUCAUUGCACUUGCAGUGUUGCUGACGGACGUUGGAUGCAAUGGGCGACGUGGUCAAGAAGAAUGGGGACCUUGCAGAGCGGCCAUUGCUGGUGAUGUGUUUGCUGCCUUUGAAUGGCUCUUGUUCUGUGCGACUACGUUGAUGGCAGCUCUGCACUGCUGGCGUACACGCAACGAGCGCAGCGGAAAACAUGACCCUGCUAUGGAGGUUCACACCCACAAUACUCAUACUCACACGUCCCAUGUUUAG